AUGAGGAACGGCCCGGGGAGGAGCGGGGGAGAGGGCCGCAGGGUGGCGGUGAACCGCGGGGGUCAGUCCCUCCAUCCCAAUCGCAGCGAGGAAGAAGUUGACCCAUCACUUCAAGCACUUGAAUCUCGCCAAGAAGAGAUCCUAAAACGCCUGUACGAACUGAAGAGUGCUGUUGAUGGCCUCUCAAAGAUGAUCCACACUCCAGAUGCUGACUUUGAUGUAACUAAUAUCAUUCAAACUGAUCAACAUUCUCCCUUGACAACAAAUGCAGAUUUAGAUUUGAUGCUUGGAAAGGAUUAUGGCGCCCUGAAAGAUAUCGUAAUCAAUGCAAAUCCCUCUCUACCUCCAUUGUCGUUAUUAGUGCUGCACAGUCUGCUUUGUGAACGCUAUAAAAUAUUAUCAGCCAUUCAUACACACUCAUCAGUGAAGAGUGUGCCAGAAAACCUCUUGAAAUGCUUUGGUGAGCAGACUAAGCAGCAGCUACGUCAAGAAUAUCAGUUGGGCUUUACUCUCAUUUGGAAGGAUGUUCUGAAGCCCCAGAUGAAGUUUAGCAUUCAAACAAUGUGCCCUAUUGAAGGAGAGGGGAACAUUGCUAGAUUUCUCUUUUCCCUGCUUGGCCAGAAGUACAAUGCGGUUGCUUCAACUCUGAUUGACAGUUGGGUUGAUACAGCCAUCUUCCAGCUGAAAGAAGGUAGCAAUAAGGAGAAAGGAGCCGUCUUGCGCUCCAUGAACGCAGCUCUUGGCAAGACCUCGUGGCUGGUGGGAAAUGAACUCACCGUGGCAGACAUUGUCGCAUGGUGCGCGCUGCAGCAGACAGGUAGUGCCAACGCUGCUCCAGCUAACGUGCAGAAAUGGAUGAAGGCAUGCGAGAACUUGGCACCUUUCACCUCUGUUAUUAAGCUGUUGAAGUAAGGAUGUAUUCUUUUUAAUGGUGUAGUUUUAAUAUUACUCCACCUUGUGCCUGCUGUAGUGGGUUGAGUCCUUUCUGAGAUGAAUUCAAGUUCUAUAACUCAAUAGAAUUCUUAAACGAAUAAAAACAUUACAAUUG